AACCGGCGUAAUGAGUAAAGAGUAAAACUCAGUAGUCCUAAUACUAAUGUUAUUACUUCAUUUUUUGGAAUUAUAUAGAACUAUACAUAGUCUGAAUUCAACUUUUUUGUUAGUGUUUACUAUUUAAAAGUUUAUAUAGAUCGCCAAAAUGACUGAUGAAUCGAAUACUGAAGUAUCUGAUUUAGACACAUGGCUGAUUCGACCGUGUGAUAUUUACAAAUUUGAGUAUAAAAAUUGCACUUCAAUGAUGUCAAGAUUACAUCAACUAUUUAUUUAUGGAAAAACAAUUGAUUGUAGGCAGCACCACAAAGAUUAUCUUGAAUGUUGCAAAUGGAAAUCGAAACAUGACACUAAAGCAGCUGAGGCUUUAAUUCAAAGUGAAAUAAACAAAAGAAAUGAGCGAUGGAAAAACCAUUUCGCCAAUAAUAUAUGGGAAAAUAGAACCACUCCACCAGAAAAUUGGAACGAUCCACUGCCAGAUUAUAUAGCUGAUAGAAAAUCUUCUUUGAAUUUUGAUAAUUUUGACUAUGACGAAGCAGCUAAUAGUAAAAAAUGUUCAAUUAUGUAAAAUCUUUAUUGUAGUAUAGCGUUAGGUAACAAUAAUUGUUGAGUUCUAUUAAAUAUAUUUGCUGUUAAUUAUAAUAUAUAUUUUUUUUUAGUAUUUUAA